AUGGCACAAGUCGCCGGGCUUUUGGUGACCAGCGGCAAGAGCAGUCUUCCAAGUUCCGGGCAUGCGUUCUGGUACUCCAACUUGCCGAGUCUCGGAGCCUGCAAAUCCAGGGUGGCAUUGGCGGCCGAAGCAGCAAUUCCUCUGGCGCUGUUGAGCAGUGUGGUGCGCAAAGGUUUCCAAAAGCGCAAAGUCUCCCGCAGCUGCACAGCCCAGCGAAUGCAUGCACCUGGAAUGCAUGCACCUGGAUAUGGGAAUAUUCCCCGCACCCUCUACGAGUUCCUGGGUGUUGAUCACCGAGCGGAUGCCACAACCAUCCGGAAGGCUUACCUCGCCAAACAGAAGGUGUUCCAUCCAGACAUUGCCGGUGCACAAGCGGAGGAGGUGAGCGUGCUGCUGAACAGUGCGUUCGACCUCCUGCGGGACCCAGAGAAGAGGUCCAUGUAUGAUGACAGCCUCCGCCGUGAUAUGGAGAUUCUUGAGAAUCACGAGGAGCCGGAGUGCAACGACCCCGUGUGGCCAUGGACUUCGAAGACGCGCACCAAACAAAAGCCAGUCUACCUUGGCCACCCGCGAUCUCGAUCGCUCUGGGAGCGAGUUCCACCUGAGGAUCGAGGUGAGAUGUGGGACGAGCAGAUGUUUCUGUUCGUGGACGAACUUCGAUGCAUCUCAUGCAAUCGAUGUGUCGAGUGCGCGCCGAGAACAAUAUGCAUGGAUGCCGAUGAUACGCGAGCCCGGGUUUUUGCCCAGUGGGGAGACAACGAGGAGGAUCUGCAUUGGGCAAAAGCUUCCUGCCCAGUGGAUUGUAUCUCCUGGGUCUCCCGCCAAGAACUCCAAGUGUUGGAGCAAGUGACUGCGGAGCACAUGUUUGAGACCACUCCUUGCCGAUUUGCCAAGAAGAACAAGACUCUCAU